AACAAAACUAUUCAAAUUUUCCAUCUUUUAAGCAGAGUGUGAAAUGAAAGUUUAGUCUUCGCAAAAUGCCUUUCUGGCAAACGAGCACGGGCACUGGCAAUGGCAAUGCCACUUCUUCAACUAAUACUACCACUUCUUCUUCUUCAACAUCUUCAAGUUCCAUGAGCAGUAAUAACAGCAAUGGCAACAAUGGUUGUCAGCAGAACCAAAGUAACCAGCUUGGAGAGACAAGAUCGAGUCUUUAUUAUUCGACUAAUGCAGUAUCGUUUGUUACUAAGUCUUUGUUGCCUACUAGAAGAAGACUCAGGCUUGAUCCUCCUAACAAGCUAUUCUUCCCUUAUGAACCAGGAAAACAGGUUAGGAGUGCCAUUGGCAUAAAAAACACUAGCAAGUCUCAUGUAGCUUUCAAGUUCCAAACAACUGCACCAAAGAGCUGUUACAUGCGUCCUCCCGGGGCUAUACUUGCACCUGGUGAAAGUCUUAUUGCAACUGUAUUCAAGUUUGUGGAGCCUCCAGAGAACAAUGAGAGACUACUGGAUCAGAAAAGCAGGGUAAAGUUCAAGAUCAUGAGCUUGAAAGUGAAAGGAGAAAUGGAAUAUGUUCCUGAGAUGUUUGAUGAGCAGAAGGAUCAAGUAGCAGUUGAGCAAAUUUUACGAGUUGUUUUUCUUGAUCCAGAAUGCCCUAGCCCUGCACUGGAAAAGCUUAAAAGACAACUGGCUGAGGCUGAAGCUGAGCUCGAAGCACGCAAGAAGCCUCCAGAAGAUGCAGGCCCCCGAGUUGUUGGCGAAGGACUCGUUAUAGAUGAGUGGAAAGAGCGGAGGGAAAGAUACCUGGCACGCCAGCAGGUUGAAGUUGAUUCUGUGUGAAGAUCCUGUUUCCUUGCAAGCACUUGUUUUAUCUUGAGUUGAGGUUUCCUUCAUGCAAUGUUGAAUGCUUUGCCUCUCGGUCCGUUGGUGGAGGUUGAUGUGUGAUAAGUCCGGUCCUUUUAGGGGUGCAGACAUAAGAUUUGGAAAGCAGGACUUAUGAGCAAAGCCUGUUAAAAAAAAGGUAAAAUCAAGGCAUUUUGUUAUGUCAUAUUAAGCUUUAAGGCACAUAAUUAUGUACUUGUGCCCUAUUUAUUGUAGAUAUGGGAUUUUGAUUAACGAUGAAUUAGUUAAAUUUGUGUUGU